AUGGUCAAUACUACUGACGAAGAGACCACCGUUGUAGCAAUACCAUCAACGGAAGGUUUUACUACAUACGAACAUGAAGUGAAACCCAGUAGUCAAGAAGAGUUCGCCAGGAUGCACAGUGGACACGAAUCACAGCACAGUACGAUGGCAUUGAUUUUGCUGGUUGAUACCAAUGUACCUGUUUGGUAUAUAUUUACAGUUUUUGAGAUUCCUCACGAUAUGGACUCUUUAUUCUGCUGUGAAUGGCUACAUAUUGCAUCUUGCAUCGAGAAAGCCCUUGGAUCAGCAAACUCCAAAUUCUUUGAGAUUGUGAAGAUAUUCUACGAUGGUGCCGCCGUUGCAGAUCUUGGUAUUAUGCUGCUUUCUUAUGGUCUAUACUUUGGGGUGCUGAGCAGAGAUAUUGUGGAGAUAUGCACUGACCGAAUGGCAUCUGCGUUGGGGUAUUAUACUAAAGAUGGUCUUCCUAGUAAAGGUCUGAAGGCAGAUAUCUGCGCUAUUUGUGGAGGGACAGCCAGUAGUGUCGUCGGUGAGGAGGAUGAGCAAGUACAUCAAUUGAGCUGUCGACAUUUGUUCCAUGAAGAAUGUAUACGAGGUUGGUGUCUGAUAGGGAAGAAAGACAUAUGUCCAUACUGCAAGGAAAAGGUUGAUAUGAAAGAAUUCAAGACUAAUCCGUGGGAUACACAACAGCAACUGUAUCUCAGUUUAUUAGAUGGAGUACGAUAUCUCGUUGUCUGGCAACCAAUAAUUCUUGUGGUCGUGCAUUUGGCAUACCAUAUGUUUGGAUUAGAAUAA